UGUGGGAGGAAGAGUGGGAGACUUGGCUGUCCGGAUCCACCCUGCCCCUCUCCUGCCUGGUGAUUAUCUUCCCUCGGGUGUGGGGGGUGCCCAAGGCCUGGCUUCAGGCCCCGGGAGAGGAGGGGGAGGGCCGGAAAGGAGCUGUGUGGGACAGCUGCAGGAAGAGACCAGGCUGGCUCACAUUUGGGAAUCAGGAUGCCUGGACCUGUCCCUCCCCUCCUCUGCCUCCUGGCUGGCUUUCUCCAGAAGGAAUCGAUUCUGAAUUAGGAUGUUUCCACCUCACUUCUCCCCUUUGCUGCUGCUGAUUGAGACUCUGCGAGAAAGAGCAAAGAAAGAGGUGCCCCAGACAUCGGGAUGAGGCCCUCAAUCCUGUUUGCUGUCUUCCUCUGGCUCCGGGGUUUCUUGGUCCAGGGACAUGAGUGUCACACUCUGGCAAGGAGCCCAGACGGAGAGAGUGGAGGACCACCUCUGAAAGUGAAUGUCAGCAGCCAGGGGCGGCCUACUAGCCUCUUCCUGAGCUGGGGAGCCCCAGGGCCAGACAAGUUCAGCCAUGCCCUCCGCCUCACCCACCUGAGUCCCCUGGGCUCUCCAGCAGGGCCGCAGCUCCAGGCCCACACCAACGCAUCCAGCUUUGAGUUCCGGGACCUGGUGCCAGGAAGUCGCUACCUGCUGGAAGUGACUGCCCUGGGACCCUGUGGGCAGAAUACCACCAUCAUCCUCACUGUCCGCACUGCCCCAUCACCUGUCUGCAACCUGCAACUCCGUAGCCCUGGGAGCCCGUCCAGCCUCGAGGCCUCGUGGGGCGCUGCCCCUGGGGGGCAGGAUGGCUACCAACUUCUCCUCUACCACCUAGAAUCCCAGACAGUGGCACGUAACAUCUCCCUGCCGCUGGGCAGCCUGGCCUGCAAUUUUAGCAACCUCCUACCAGGUAGCGAGUAUGUUCUGGAGGUUACCACCUGGGCUGGCAACCUCCAGGCGAACACCAGCGCCCACCAGUGGACAGCCCCCGUGUCUCCCCACCAGCUGGUGCUGCACGCUCUGGGCACCCGUGCCCUGCGAGCCUCCUGGAACAGCUCUGAGGGGGCAGCCUGGUUCCACCUCAUGCUCACAAACCUCUUGGGCGGCACCAGCCUGACUGCGGUAGUCAGACGGGGAGCCUCCAAUCACACCUUCCUUCACCUCUCUCCGGGCACCCGCUACGAGCUGACGCUCAGUGCUGUUGCCGGGCCCCAACAGGCAGCGGGGCCCAAUGUCACCGAGUGGACCUAUCCUUCUGCACCCUUGGACCUGGUGGUCAUUCCCCUGCCCUCAGAGCUCUGGGCAAGCUGGAAGGCAGGGUCUGGUGCUCGGGAUGGCUACCUGCUCAGGCUAAGUGGGCAGGUGGAGAAGACCAUCACACUGGGUCCCGGAGCCCUCAAUGCCACAUUCCCAGGGCCCCUGCCUGCUGGACCCUACACUCUGGAGCUGAGGGUCCUGGCCGGGCCCUAUGAUGCCUGGGCCCGGGCCAGUGCCUGGCUGAAUGAUUCUGCUGCCCAGCCCAGACAAAGCAAUGGGACCACACUGCAGCUGGAUGGGUUGGGGGCCACCAGGGAGCCCAGGAGGCGGGCACUGCUCUACACUGAGGGAACCCCAAGCCUCCUCGGAAACAUCUCCGUGCCACCUGCUUCCACGCAGGUCGCUUUGCGUGAGCUGGGGCCUGGGGCCAACUACCAGGUGGACAUUGUCUCGUCUCUGGGAAACACUACCCAGAGCCCCACAAGCCAUACAAAGCUCCUGGCACCACAGUCACUGGAUGUCACUGGCAGAGGCAGCCCCUCUGACCUGACCAUUGGCUGGGCCCCAGCACCAGGGUGGCAAGAAGGCUACAGGGUCACCUGGCAUCCGGAGGGCAGCCAGAGGUCACCAGACAGUCUUAUUGACUUGGGACCAGACAAUUCCAGCCUGACUCUGAGGGGUCUAGUGCCCGGCUCCUGCUACACUGUGUCAGUGUGGACCUGGGCAGGGAACCUCAGCUCCCCCAUCCAAAGGACCCGUGCCUGCACCCUCCCUGCUCCUCCUGCCAACUUGAGCUUGGGCCUUGCCACCCAGCCUCCUGCCCUGACCGCCUCCUGGAGUCCCCCGCCUGGGGGCAGGGAUGGCUUCCAGCUGCGGCUUUACCGCCUGAGGCCCCUGACUCUGGAAAGCAAGGAAGCUCUGGCUCCCGAGACUCAGAACUUCUCCUGGACCCAGCUGCCCCCAGGCACCGCGUUCCUGGUUCAGCUGGCCACCUUGAGGGGCCCAGAUGAGAGCAGCAGCACCAAUGCCACCGGCUGGAUGCCUCCCCUCGCCCCUCCUCUGGUGAACGUGACCACUGAAGGUCCCACCCAGCUCCGGGCAUCCUGGGUGCAUGCUCCCGGGGCGCGAGACGGCUACCAGGUGACUCUGUACCAGGUGGGUGCCCAGGCAAGCGCCAGCACCGUGGGACCCGAGGUGGACAGCACAAGCUUCUCAGCUCUGACCCCAGGCACUCAGUACGAGGUGGAGAUCAUGUCACAGGCUGGGCCUCUCAGCACCGCAGCGGCCAAUGUCUCUGGCUGGACCUCCCCGCUCGUGCCCAAUGAGCUGUUGGUGUCGAUGCAGGCGGGCAGUGCCGUAAUCAACCUGGCCUGGGCCGGUGGCCCCCUGGGGCAGGGGGUGUGCCAUGCCCAACUCUCAGAGGCCGGCCACCUCUCCUGGGAGCAGCCCCUGGCUCUCGGCCAAGCCCUCCUCGUUCUAAGGGACCUCACACCUGGACGCCAUCUGUCCCUGUCAGUGCUGUGCCAGGCGGGGCCACUCCAGGCGUCCACUCACCCCGUCGUGCUGCCUAUUGAGCCUGGCCCCGUGGAGGAUGUGCAGUGCCAGCCCGAGGCCACUCGCCUGGCCCUGCACUGGAUGAUGCCCUCGGGGGAUGUGGACACCUGUCUGGUGGUGGCAGAACAUCUGGCUGCGGGAGGGCAUGCUCACAUCGUCUUCCAGGCUAACACCUCCGGGGAUGCCCUCCUGUUGCCCGGCCUGCUGCCCGCUGCUUCCUAUCGCAUCAGUGUCACCGUGCUGGGCCGGAAUGGUCUGUGGAGUCGUGUGGUCACCCUGCUGUGUGCCACUUCUGCAGAGGGCUGGCGCCCCCCGGACUUAGCUGCAGCCCCCCAGCUGGAGCCUGAGGCGGGGAUGGGAGUGAUGAUCACACGGGGUAUGUUUGGCCAGGACGAUGGGCAGAUCCAGUGGUACGGCAUCAUUGCUACCACCAACAUGUCACUGGUGCGGCCUCCCCAGGAAGCCAUCAACCACACGUGGUAUGACCACUACUAUGGAGGACAGGACUCCUACCUGGCCAUCCUGCUCCCCAACCCCUUCUACCCAGGGCCCUGGGCUGUGCCGAGAUCCUGGAUGGUGCCUAUGGGUACAGAGGACUGUGGCCAGACCCAGGAGAUCUGUAACGGGCAACUCAAGCCAGGUUCCCAGUAUCGGUUCAGUGUCGUGGCCUUUACCAGAUACAGCCCUCCUGAGACCGUUAUCUCCUUCUCAGCCUUCUCAGAUCCCAGGGCCAGUGUCUCCAGGGUAGCCGUGUCCCUCCCAGCGGCAGUGGGCAUCAUGAUGGGCUGUGUCCUCACAAUCUGUGCCCUGCUGGGCCUGCUGUACUGGAGGAGGGUGAAGGGACAGAGGGCAGAGAAGAGUCGGUUUUCCCAAGAGCUGACAGCUUACAACCUGCGGCGGACCCAUAGGCCAAUCCCUAUCCAAAGCUUCCGGCAGAGUUUUGAGGCCAAGAGUGCGCACGCUCACCAGGCUUUCUUUCAGGAGUUCGAGGAGCUGAAGGAGGUGGGCAAGGAGCAGCCCAGGCUGGAGGCGGAGCACCCCGCCAAUGCCACCAAGAACCGUUACCCGCACGUGCUACCCUAUGAUCACUCCCGGGUCAGGCUGACCCAGCUGGAGGGAGAGCCCCACUCCGACUACAUCAAUGCCAACUUCAUCCCGGGCUACAGCCACCCGCAGGAAUUUAUUGCCACCCAGGGCCCUCUCAAGAAAACUCUGGAGGACUUCUGGAGGCUUGUGUGGGAGCAGCAGGUCCGCAUCAUUGUCAUGCUGACCGUGGGCAUGGAGAAUGGGAGGGUGCUGUGUGAGCAUUACUGGCCAGCAGACCCUACCCCUGUCACCCAUGGUCACAUCACCAUCCACCUGCUGGCCGAGGAGCCCGAGGAAGAGUGGACCAAGCGGGAAUUGCAGCUGCAGCAUAUUACCCAGCAGCAGCAGCGGAGGGUGAAGCAGCUGCAAUUCACCACCUGGCCUGACCACAGCGUCCCUGAGGCCCCCGACUCCCUGCUCUCCUUCGUGGAACUGGUACGGGAGCAGGCCCGGGCCACCCAGGGCACCGGCCCCAUCCUGGUGCACUGCAGCGCGGGCGUGGGCCGCACGGGCACCUUCGUGGCCCUGUCAAGGCUGCUGCAGCAGCUGGAGGAGGAGCAGGCGGUAGACGUGUUCAACGCUGUGUAUGCGCUGCGGCUGUACCGGCCCCUCAUGAUCCAGACCCCGACCCAAUACAUCUUCCUGCACAAUUGCCUCCUGAACAAGAUUCUGGAAGCGCCCUCUGACACCCCUGAAGCUGAGAAGACCAGAAGCGGGAGCUGGGGAACCCCGAGUGCCUCCUCCCCUCUCCGCCCCUCCCCCAGGUCCCAGCCCAUCUCGGUGAUGAACUUCGCAGAGGCCUGUGCCAAGAGGGCGGCCAAUGCCAACGCCGGCUUCUUGAAAGAGUACAAGCUCCUGCUCCAGGCCAUCAAGGACGAGGCUGACUCUUCCGCGCCCCCUCCUGGCCAUAAGCAGGACAGCACGGUCGCCUAUGAUUCUUCUCAAGUGCGGUUUUCUCCGGUGGAGGAAAGUCCCCCUAACGAGAUGCUCGAAGCCUGGCUCUUCCCUGGUGGGCCUUCUGGACAUGACCACGUUGUGCUGACUGGCCCUGCAGGACCCGAGGAGUUCUGGGAGCUGGUGUGGGAGCAUAGGGCCCAUGUGCUGGUCUCCCUGUGCCCACCUGACACCUGGGAGAAGGCGUUCUGGCCGACGGAGAAGCAGCCCGUUGUCACAGACAUGGUGACAGUGCACUGGGUGGCUGAGAGCAGCACAGCGGGCUGGCCCUGUACCCUCCUGAGGGUCACACAUGGGGAGAGCAGGAAGGAGAGGCAGGUGCAGAGGCUGCUGUUUCCGUGCUGGGAGCCAGGGCGUGAGCUCCCUGCCACCACCCUGUUACCCUUCUUGGCCGCCGUGGGCCGGUGCUGCUCUCGGGACACGAUGAAGCCAGGCACACUGCUGAGCCACUCCAGCAAGGGUGUGGCUCAGCUGGGCACCUUCCUGGCCAUGGACCAGCUGCUGCAGCAGGCGGGGGCUGAGUGCACCGUGGACAUCUUUAACGUGGCCUUGCAGCAGUCACAGGCCUGUGGCCUCAUGACCCCAACGCUGGAGCAGUACAUAUACCUCUACGACUGUCUGAACAGAGUGCUCACGGACGGGCUGCCUUGAGUCAGCACUGGUGGCUGUGCUGUGCAGGAGCAGAAGAGGUCUGCGCCCUGUUGGUCAGUGCCAAUCAGCCUCAGCAAGCCCGCUGGGGCCUGGUUUCACUGGGAGGGCCUCCUGCACGCUGGACCCUGUGCCGUGAAGGGGGAGAGGUGAGCAAUAAAGAAUGUGCUCAACCU